GGAAAGUUCAUGCAGUUCAAAACUCAUGACAUAUUCCGCGACUUUUUAUCAUCAGCAUGACAGAUAUAACUUCACAACUGGAAAAUUGCCACGAAAUCAUCGUCAAUGAUGCAGAGACAAGACCUUCACUGCACAGUUCUGUUGGAUGGCGUGGAGCGCACGGUGUCCGCUACACCGAGGACUUCCGGAACGUUGUAUACAAAAUCAACCCGAAUCAUUUGUCUUGUGGGUACAAGAAGUUAUUCGAGUCUAGUGCCACAAGCUGUCUGCGUGGCUUGGAACCGGACGACGGGGAUAAACAUGAUAAGGUAUUAACUAAGAAGAUGAAGGAAGAGAGCAACACCUUGGCAACCACAGUGCGACCUCACACACAAGGAUCGUGCGUUUCCCUUCACAGCGCCAACAAGUACAAGUUUGACAGCCCACCGCCUCACCGCGGUCAGGCACACAUAAUACAGUCUCUAAGCGCCGCGCACACCUCAGGCCCAGAGAAAAUUGUUGUCAAAAAGGAGUUCCGUGGAUGGGACGUUUGUUCGAGACCUCAUUCUGCCGAUAGCUCCGGGUACCUCCAGUUCACUUCCGCUGAAACACGCGACAUGAUGCGAAACAGAAGCCAGUCGGCAUGCGUUAAGUUUGGCGUUAAACGCGAGAAGGUAUCCAUGAGCAAGGUCCAGAUCUCGGGCCCCACUCGUGCUCAGUCUACAGUGCUCAGAACUGCCAAAGACGUGUCCGAAAAUCGGGACGUUGGACAAAGCAGGUGGCAUGCUGAUCAUCCCACACGUUCCCAGUCCACAGGUGGAAGAUUUCACGGUGACCUCACCGAUAGGACUGAGGAAGAGAGCUCAAACCACAGCAUCCCGGUUCCAUGUCCUUACGUCCCCAGUAAUACCAACUCUGCCGAUGCCAUUUCUUAUGAAUUUGAACACUUUAUGUAUCCAAAAGAUCACACCAAGAAAUAUAGGGAGGACUACACCUAUCGGAAACUGGAGGUGAUCCAGAACCCCAGGUCUGGCUCCAGUGUGCUACGUAUGAACGUUCCCAGAUCGUGUAUCCCGAUCACUGUACCCAUGUUUAUGUGUUCCAUGGCAGACAGUAGCAAAUGUAAUACUCCUGUCGACUUGUCUCCCACUCGAAGUUCAAGCCCCAGGCUGUCGCCAACCCCAGAUAAAUCGUCCGAUGCUAUCCGAAUAGCUAUAAACUGCAAGAAAGCUGUUCUCAAGAAACGUUUGGCCAAACCACCGGUUACAGAAAUGGGGAGAAAAGUUCCCCACUUCCUCCUGGCGAAUAAUGGUACACUAAAAAUGGAGUUUUACAACAAUCCGAUGACGUUUAAUGAGCCCGAGGACCGAAAGACCCCAAAUAAGCCCCCCUCCCCAAUCGUCUGCCGAUCGCGCCCCACCAUCCCUAGUAACGCACAUGGCAACAUCUAUCCUAGCUCCACUGAUACGCACUCUUACGUCAUCAAGCGCCGCAAGGGGAUACAAUGAACGUCACUUCCGCUAGGAUAUCCAAGUCAUUUUCACCCAACAAGACGGCCAGUUUAUCGUCAAGUAAUGAUGUUUUGAUGAAGAAAAAAGAUGGAAAAACUUCAAGCAGAAUAAUUUCUAUUUUGCUAGUCUAUAAUUGUUUAUUUUAAGGACUGAUGUACAUUUUCUUUUCUUUUUGUUUUCUAUUCUAAAACGUCUGAUGCUGCUGACCAAUCCCAUCCGAUCUGAGAUGCUGAACAGUUCAGCAUUGAAAAAAUUACAUAAGUGAAUACUAUGCAUGUAUGACAUUAACGUUAUUGUUCUGUAAGAACACUUGGGGUGUCAGUAUGAUAUGUUAUUGAUGUAUAACCUGGUUAUUACUUUCCAUGUUAGGUGAUUAUUGUUAUAUCACUGUAUGCAAGUAAGGUAUUGUCAGUAUGGUAUGUUAGUAUUAUAAUGUAUGUCAGGAUUGUAAAGUUAAAUAACCAUUCUGCAGUGCUAUUGUGAGAUUUAGUCAUCUGUGACUUUAUUUGAUGAUUAUAUUGUCGUAACUUGUGAUUUCCUGGCGAUGCGAAGCAGAGCUAUCUCAGUAGUGUUACCCUAUUCACAUUUUGUUUCGCCGCUCACAAACACCUGUUCUGACCCCCGUCAGCAUAAAUAACCUUCAUAGUUUUCAAUAAGUAAGAUAAAUGUAUUAUAUAUGUUGUGUUCUAUAGUUUGUACCUACGAUAAGAAUUUUGUAUAAUGUAUAUCCUAUGAUACAUUUUGUAUCUAUGGUGAUACAUACGUAUAUCCUAUGAUACAUUUUGUAUCUAUGGUGACACAUACGUAUAUCCAAUGAUACAUUUUGUAUCUCUGUUGACACUUACGUACAUGUAUAUCUUAUGAUUCAUUUUGUAUCUAUGGUGACACUUUGUAUAUCUUAUGAUAUAUUUGAAUCUAUGGUGACACUUUUGUAUACCUUAUGAUUUAUUUUGUA